ACAACCGGAGAGUACACGCGCGCAAUACAAAAAGGCAAUUCAUUUCUAACGUGCCGUUGAACUGUGAUGGUGCUCGACGUGCAAAAUUUCUAUCGUAAGGAGCCCGACCGGCUGAGGCAGCCGCGAUUCGUGUAGCUCUGCCAUGACCAAGCAGCUCUGGAACUGCGAUACAUCCUGGCGAUGUGUCCAGGCAUUGGCAGUGAUCCUGACCAUCCUGCUAUUGCCCGGUACAGGUGGUGCGCUGGAUCCUGGCAUCGAUUUAUUGGACGCGUUAAAUCUACACUCAAACCUGUCGCAAUACCAAGGGGUGACGAUAACACCAUCCAGAGUAUUCCAUUUGUCAGGUCUCGAUCGAAAUCUUGUUCUUCCGGCUGCGGUUUUUCACCGGGCAGUCGAGCAGAUGAAAAAAUCUCCAGAAUUUACCUUUUCCGUUGUCCUAAAGCAAGAGCAAUCAAAUUCUGGGACCAUAAUAUCAUUUUCUAACGGAAUUAAUAGGUAUUUAGAAUUACAAUCAAGUGGAAGACGUGACGAAAUACGUUUUCAUUACACACACAUAACAGCAGCGGGUGCAACGCAGAUUCUGACGGAAACGUUUCCGUAUCGACUAGCGGACGAUAUCGAGCACAAGGUGUCGCUUACAGUCAGCGGCACUGAAAUGCAACUAUUCAUCGACUGCCAUCCACUGUAUAAAAGAGUGACACAUUUUUUACCAGAUAGAAAUUUUAGUGCUUCCAAUAUGCAAUUAUUCGUCGGGCAAAGAAACUCAAAUAGUCAUUAUUUAUUUAAGGGAGAAAUAAAAGAUUUACGUCUCAUCACUGGGUCUUAUGGUUAUUUAUCUCAAUGCGAGUUGAUGGACGCACAAUGUCCCACGUGUGGACAGUUCUUAGAGUUAGAAAAUGCUUUAUUAGAAUUAAAACAAACAAUGUCGCUGUUAACAAAAAGGCUAGUGGAAGCAGAGAAGCGCGUCUCAUACAUUGAGGAAUGUGAUUGUAAAAAAUCAUGCUUAAUAAAUGGUACAACUAAGAACGAUGGUGAUGCCUGGGAUAUUGGCUGCAGUCGAUGUGAAUGCAAACAAGGCAUAGUCAAAUGUGGUCCAAGACCAUGUCCAGAAGUUAAAUGUAAACAUCCAGUAUUAAAAGAGGGCGAAUGUUGUCCUGUGUGUUUGAAAAGCUGUUACAUUACUAAGAAAGACUUUGAGCAUGGUGAAAUCCAAAUUCUUGGCUGUAGAAACUGUUCGUGCGUAGACGGUAAUAUGCACUGUGAAUUUCUGCAGUGUCCCGAGCUGAAGUGUCCACCAGAGCAACAAAUGUCGGUGACGGAUGAAUGCUGCAAGUUUUGUCAAGGCGUGGAUUAUUGUUCAAAGGGCCAUGCAUGCCAUAAUAACGCUACGUGUCUUAACCUUAACACCAAGUACACGUGUACCUGUCGUUCGGGCUUCCACGGAGAUGGGUAUCAAUGUUUCGAUGUGGAUGAGUGCACUCAACAGGGUGGUCUUAAUGGUAACCACUGUCAUCUCAACACGCGAUGUGUUAACACGUUUGGCUCGUACAUUUGCGAGUGUUUACCUGGCUACCGAAGACAGGACAAGUUUAACUGCGUGGAGAUGGACGAAUGUAAAACUGGCGAUCACAAUUGCCACGAGAAUGCAGAUUGCAUUAACACGCUAGGCUCGUACCAUUGCCAAUGUAAGGAAGGCUACACAGGCGAUGGACGCGACUGCAAACCUGUGUGCAAUCAAACAUGUUUGAAUGGUGGUGAGUGUCGAUCACCGAACGUUUGCACCUGUCGCACGGGAUACAUCGGUGAAUCGUGCGAGAAAGAUCUGGACGAGUGUGCAACAGGUCUGCAUCGAUGUAAGGACACGACGGAUUGUGUAAACAUGCCGGGCUGGUACUUCUGCAAGUGCAAGGCUGGAUUCGAAACCAAAGGCAAAGAAUGUGUAGAUAUAGAUGAGUGUUACCUCAAUACGCAUAGCUGUCAUCCGACGGCCCGGUGCGUGAACACGCCGGGACACUUCAGAUGCGAGUGUCCGGCGGAAGGCGAUCCAGACUGUAGACUAAGUUGUAUGUUCGAGGAUCGCGAGCUGCGAGACGGUGACAAAGUAUCACCCAGUAAUGCACCAUGCAAAAUGUGUACCUGCUCGAAAGGUGUGAUCAGCUGUGUCGAGCCCCCGUGCAACUGUUCGUCGUGGCGGCCAGGGGUCGUCAGCGAACUGUGUUGCCCGCAGUGCGAUCCGAAACAAUCCUGUCAGCACCAGGAGCUGAAGCAUGUCACGUUUCGCAGUGGCGAGCAGUGGAUAUAUCAAUGUCAAACGUGUGAAUGUUUGUACGGCGAAUUUGACUGUUGGAAGCUUGAGUGUCCUCCACUAACAUGUGAUAAUCCGAUGCCGGCCGGACCGGCAGACUGUUGUCCACGAUGUCCGGACGACAGGUGCGGGUUUGCGAACCUGACGAAACUAAUUACUAGCAGUAGCGCUGAAGACGUCGAUGUCGGAACAACAUGCUUGUACGGGAACCAUGUAUACCCGCCUGGACCAUUUAAAUAUCCGUCCAGAGAAUGUACCACCUGUUCCUGUAAGGUCCCCUACUGUGCCCUACUGAACGGCAAAAUCACCUGUCGUUACGACGAUAACUGCACUAUUGCUAAUCAUCGCGGUGCACUACGAAUGGUGGAAGAGCUUAAUGCGAACAGUAGGCUCAACUCUAGCUCACCUUAUCAUAAUAAACCAUCGCAAGCAACGACCCCAAAGAUGUUGGAGCAUCAACUGCAGCAGCAGCAGCAGCAGCAUCACCACAGUCUGCCUCACAGGACAGCGGCGAUCAGUAGUUUAUCGAAAGCAGCUAGCCGAGUUGACCGAAGCAGCCGCCAAGCAAUGCCAACGGAACCAGAUAGAGUGGGAGGAGAAAGUGGAGGCGAAACAGCAGCAUCCACUAGAAAGGCCAUAUCUGCAAGCAGCACAAUUAGCAGUAAACAACCGUUUAAUCAAGCGUCCGAUGAAGCAGCACCAAUUGAACGGACCUUUGCAGUUGCCUCGCCUGAGGUCAAUGGUGCUGGUAUUAUUGCAGUUCCAGAAUCGAUCGGCAGUUCGGUCGUUGCACCACAACAGCCAACAGCGAACAACGAAAAUAUGCUGCCAACGGUACCAGCCAGUAGCGGCACAAUUCAACCUUCUGAUCCUGCGCCUCAGGAACUUACGACUGACGCAGAGCAACGAUCAGCCGGAACCACCGUUCAGCCAACAGCGCCAGCAACAACGAAAACACACCGAAAACGAUCCCUACUGCAAAUACCCCCGUUUAUCGAUGCGGUUAGUGAUACGGACGUGGAUCAUCUUCCCGGUGCUCCAGGUCGCCUCCGAACCAAUGCGUCGAAGCGUACGAAACGUAGUGAAGAACGUGGAUAG